AAGGAUAUCGCAUGUUAUUCAUUGUGAUUACUGCUCAUGAAAAAGUGUUCUAAUGCCACAGGAUGUCCGCGUAUAAAAUGUAAUUUACAUAGCUACACAGGCCUCGCCUCUUCCUCAAUAAUGUCUAGUUGUCUACUUUAUAAUCUUGCUCGAAUAUCUUUGCUUACCGUUUCCUUGUUUUGUCAACCAAACUUAAUAAAUUGGGCUCGAGUUAUUGUGCGUCUUGAUUGGUUAGAAUAUUUUGACAGGCCAUCAUUUAGCCUAAUAAGGUACCACCUACUCAACGUGGCCAGCCUCCCCUGAUAUACGAUUGGAUAAUAACGUCCCUCACGUCAUCAACAGUGUGGGGUUUCUACCUUUCUUUUUCGAUUGCGCGGUGUUGGAGUUUGUUUUUAGCGAGCUAACGUAGCUUACAUGUAUUUAUUUGUGUAAGUUUAGGGACAUUUGACGAACCUGGCAUACAUAGUUCGCCUUGAUUGAUCAAUAGAAUGCAUUGAUUCGAGAUUUAAGAAAAUAGUAGCUUUGCGCUGUUUAUUUUUCGCCUCAUUGUUUCGCGAGUUCGGGAUGUUUUUAUCCUCAACAUGGAGACAAAAAGAGGGGAGAUUCCCAACGGUGUAUUGGACGACCUCUGCAGUCGAUUCAUCCUCCACAUCCCUAGUGAAGAGAGAGACAAUGCUAUCCGCGUGUGCUUCCAGAUCGAGCUUGCCCAUUGGUUCUACCUGGACUUCUGCAUGCAGAAUGCACCAGGAUUACCUCAGUGCGGGAUAAGGGACUUUGCCAAGGCUGUUUUUAAUCAUUGUCCAUUCCUGCUGCCCAAUGGGGAGGAUGUACAGAAGGUUCUAGAACAGUGGAAGGAAUAUAAGAUGGGUGUUCCAACCUAUGGUGCCAUUAUUCUAGAUGAGUCGCUUGACAAUGCAUUGCUGGUUCAGGGCUAUUUGGCCAAGUCAGGGUGGGGCUUUCCAAAGGGAAAAGUCAAUGAAGAUGAGGCCCCCCAUGUUUGUGCUGUACGAGAGGUUAUGGAGGAGACUGGUUUCGAUAUCAAAGAUCGCAUCUGCAAAGACACGUACAUCGAGCAGAAAAUCACUGAUCAGUUGGCCCGAUUGUACAUAAUACCUGGGGUACCCAAGGAGACGAAGUUCAACCCCAAAACAAGGAAGGAGAUAAGGAACAUCGAGUGGUUCCCGAUUGAGAAACUACCAUGUCACAGGAACGACAUGACUCCCAAGUCUAAACUUGGACUCGCCCCCAACAAGUUUUUCAUGGCCAUUCCUUUUGUCAGACCACUCCGAGAAUGGAUUGCCAAGCGUAAAGGAGAGUCUACAGACAGUGAUGAGGAUUUUGCAUCCAACGGCAGCACUCCAUGCAAACCUCUGGACAAAGCACGCUCCAAGCAUCGACGGGCCCAGAUGUUGCCUGAGGCGUCUCCAGGAGAGGGGUGGGGGAAGCAGAAGCAACCCAAGCCUCUGGGACAGCUGAGCCAAUACGAGGUCUCUGAACUCUUGAAAGCCAAGAACCUCAAUGUGAAAGGCAAUGGGAAGAAGCACCAGGAUUCUCCCAACCUGAAGAAAAGGGCCAAUGGAGUCGGCAACCAGCAGAAAGAGGAGAAGAGACUUCAGCCCAGGAGACUGCAGGACAACUUCGACACAGAUGCAGCACUGCCAUCUGACACGUGCAGCUCCACCAAUGGGCAGCAGGUGGUCUGCAACGGCAACUGUGAACACCUCUCCUCCAGGUCCUUCCUCAACUUCAAGUUCGACAGGGAAGCCAUCAUGAAAUGCUUUGACUCCUGAAAUAGCCAACCAACGGACACCUUGGUYGUGUUCAGUAGGGACCAAAAGGAAGUAAAUGCAUUUUUUUUUGCUUUUCGUUGUAUGCCCUAAUGAACACGACCCUGGAAUGGCAGACUAGCAGAUACUUCAGUUCAAUGGAACAGCAGCCCCUCCAACCUUAGGGUUGAGAUGAAGAGUACUGACCACAUAUAUAUAAAAGCCUUCUGUCGUAGGUUACAUUUUUUGUCAAGCACAGAAAGGUGAACUAGGUGUCGCUGUUUGUUCAUUCAAGCCGAAUCCUUACUUUGGGAUUCUUAGUAACUUAGUUUCGCUUCCAGGAAAUCAUGCAGUGAUGUCAAUGGCAAAAAAUAGGGAUGAACAGUUUGUACUCUUCUGCACAGAUCUCUAGUUAGGAUUCAGCCCAUAUGAUCCAGAUUUACUAAGCAUUUGCAUCAGGUGCAAAUGUUGUACCUGUAUUUUUAUAGAGGGAAUUAAUCACAGAAAGUAGAGUUGGGGGGGGGGGGUUGAAAAUACAGGUUCUGAGAAGAAAGACGGUAAAGGUAGAUUUMAAGGUUAAAUAAAAAAUAAAGGUAGAUGAAGAUAGAGUUUUAACUUUGGGGUUUCAUCCCCUGUUGACACGAACAAAGCAUAUGUUUAGUAAAUCUGKCCAGUGAGUGAAGUCGGCGCCAUAACUUGCCUAGUUCAGUGUUUKGUUUUUUUUGUCUAAUUUUAAUGGAUGACAUCAGUUUCACCGCCUUACCAACUGAGCUCCCGAUUUUAUGUUUUAUGGCAGUGGUUCCCAACCAGGGGUCCUAGGACCACUUGGUGUACGUGGUCUAUCCACAGGGGGUACAUAAGAAGACUCAUGGGACCAUAGGACUGCUGGUAAAAUGCACAUGAGGGGGUACUGCAGGGGUACUCCGGGUAGAGCAAAAUUCAGUUGCAGUGGUACAGUAACCGAAAAAGGUUGGGAACCACUUUUUUUUUGUGUAUAGCUGGUGUGAACUGAUCUGAGGCUAAGCACAGAGUACUGUACAUUGUGCUUCUACGCUUUAUCCCCAAAGUCAUAGGGCUGGUGUAGAUUGUCUUGUACAGGCAGUCAUGUUGAAUGGCUCAAGCAGUGUCGGCUCYAAGUAGCCUCGUCCUACCAACUGUGAUGCCAAUGGCCGCGUUCCAGGUCAAGCUUUUUUUGCAGUCGUGCGUCUCAGAAGUUUGCUAUAUGAUACGAAUGUGGUUUCCACAAUGUUAAAUGUGAUUUUGCGCAGCACGACUGCAAUAAAGACAACCUGGUACGUGUCCUAUGUCUGUCUUGUCUGGGGUCUGUAGCAGGGCUUGGUGCAGCUGGCCUGACUUCAGAGGCUGAUGGCAGAGAUGUAAGACUAAAACAGCUUGUGUUAAGAUUCCUCUGUGCAAAACACAUCACUCUCACAAUGCGCCUGGUUAACAAAGUAGCUUUACCUAUUCUACACCUGGAACAAGACAAAUCACAUUUUACACUAGGGAACAGUAACAGGGGGAUGUAAUCYCAAAACAGAAAUAAAAAUGUCCUGUUUUCUAGCUUAUCUUUGUUCUCCCUUCUAAAAAAUGAUUCAAAACUGAAAGCACAGGUGCAAAAGGCUUAGUAAAUUUAGCCCAAUAUGUGUGGUACAAAGCAUACUGCUAACUGCCAUACGACUAUGAAUGAAAUCAAUUUACCCUUGCAUCAUCAGUAUGCUUGUUGGAAGUAUUUCAGACCUCUGAAUCAUAAUACCGUGCCUGCUAGGCUACUAUACGUUAUGUUUUUCAUGGCAACAAGUCAUAGAACCUCAAAUGUGACUGGAAUGGAAUGUAUGAUUGAACAAUAAAUUUACAUUUAAGUCAUUUAGCAGACGCUCUUAUCCAGAGCGACUUACAAAUUGGUGCAUUCACCUUAUGAUAUCCAGUGGAACAACCACUUUACAAUAGUGCAUCCAACUCUUUUAAGGGAGGUUAGAAGGAAAUUGACCCUACAUGUAGUCAAAGGUAGGUUUUUAGAGAACUUAAUGGUAAUAUUUUAAUUGGUGCUAAGUAAUGCAUUGUGGUUAUAAUGCAUGUAAUACUUGUCAUAAGCAUAUAUGAACCCCACUGUUUUAGUAAGUGUCAUCUCUUCAUGAUCCUUUUAAUAGGACAUCUAUUUUCAGUCUGAAGCAUUGUAAGGGCUCAUACCUGCUUAUAACUGGAAAUGAAGCAUCAUACCUGCUUAUAACCGGUAAUGAAGCCUKCUUAUAACAGGUAAUGAAGYGUCAUACCUGCUUAUAACAGGUAAUGAAGUGUCAUACCUGCUUAUAACAGGUAAUGAAGCGUCAUACCUGCUUAUAACAGGUAAUGAGGCAUCAUACCUGCUUACAUUAAGUGUGUAGAGCAUUACAAACUUCAUGUUCAGAGGUGGUUAUUCAACAAUACAUGAACAUAGGCUUCUCAUUCAGGAGGGCGCAACGUUACAGAAUGUUUACAUAGAAAUAGAUUGUGUAGAAGAUAAACACAUCAUGUAGAAUCGAGACUCUUCAUCAUUACAUGUCUACGUUGCACCUCACGGAAUCAGUCCCAUGAUUCAAUCUGAGUAAGAGACAGUCUCAACAGGAACCUGUUAGAGAUGUUAAAAGACAUACGUCCCCUCUUGGGAGAAACACUCUUUGAUCUUGUUCUGAUGACACUUCCUAACGGCAGUCAUUUCCCCGUCUGUGGUCGGCACUCUGCGCUAAGACAGGGUAAUGAUCCCAUGUUUGUUGGUGUGUAUUUCUGGAGUGGAGGUAUUUUGGCGUUUCCAGCAGCAAACUCUGAUAAUAAAGAAUUAAAAUACUGGUCA